UUCUCUCUCUCUCUCUCCUCUCUCUCUCUCUCUCUCUCUCUCUUCUCGCUCUCUUUCUCUGUUAAAGCUGUCUCCUUUCCUUUAUUUCCAUUGGAACCAACAAAAUCUCAGCUCAGAUCAGGGAUUUCAAUGCAAUAGCCGGGCUUUGGAUCCCUUCUGUGACCGCACAACCUCGGCGGCUUCGUCUGUAAUCGUAGAGUGUGGGUCUCAGCGCGCGUGGUCGUGUCCGCGAAGGAGUCAGAACCAAACAAGGCCUGUGGGGUUCGCCUCCGUCGUUCGCCUCCUCUUUCACUGCAAAGCUGCUUCAUUUGGGAUCUUGAUCUCGUGAAAUCUUAGUCCGGGGUUGGUUUUUUCUGGCGGUCGGCGGUAGGGGGGCCCCUCUCCGUCCAUUUGAUUCGAUCCUUUCCGUUCGAGGUCUCGUUUCUAUCUGUUUUGGUUGGGAAUUAGAUCGACAGGAGGCGCCUUUCUUUGUUUUCUUGUGUUGGGAGGUGUUUUUUCAUUUCGUAUAGCGGAUUCGAGGUGGGAUUUGGGAGAAGUUGGUGUGUUUGCUCCAUUUUCUUCGUUAGAUCUUAGGGUUUUCUCUUUUGGGUCUCUAAUCUUAGGGUUUUUUUUUCCUUUUCUGGUUGUUAAUUGUGGAUAGUUUCUCUUCGUUUUUCUUUUCUCGGCCUCAGCUUCUAUUUCGUAGGAACCCGAUUUGAAGGUCUUCGAUAUCCCCAUCUUGUGAGUGUUGGAAUAAGGUUCCAUUUGUAGGGGUUGUGAUUUGUGGCACAAAGGUGUCUCUUUUACCUAUUUUAAAUCUGAUUUCCUCCAUUUCCUAAUCCUUUUUGGGGAAUACUAUUUGGAGAGUGUGGAGAUUUGGGAAAUUUUCUCUCUCUUAUGCAGCAUGAGGAAUCUCUUCCUCUCAGACUCGUUCAAAGAGACACAACUCCAUGCCCUUAAUCCCCAGUCAUGGCUUCAGGUGGAGAGGGGCAAGCUCUCCAAAUCCUCUUCAUAUUCCCCAUCUUCCAUUGAAUCUCUUGUCAAGGUUGCCGAACCGCCGAUUCUUGCCUUAUUUAAGCCUGUAGAUUAUGUGGAUGUCUUAGCUCAGAUCCAUGAAGAGCUCGAGUCAUGCGCACCCAAGAAAAGGUCAAACCUGUACUUGCUUCAGUUUCUGGUAUUUCGAGGGCUUGGGGAGGUUAAAUUGCUCCAAAGGAGCCUUCAUGCUGCUUGGAAGAAUGCUAUCACCGUUCACGAGAAGCUCGUGUAUGGUUCAUGGCUAAGGUACGAGAAACAAGGGGAAGAGGUUAUUUCGGACCUCCUUGCUUCGUGCGGGAAGUGCUCACAAGAAUUUGGGCUUCUGGAUGUUGCUUCUCAGAUUCCUAUUGAGAAUGUUGAGACGAACGGUGAAUGCUAUGAUAUUUCACAAGUUUCUAGUACUGUAUUCUUCCGCAUAAGGGAUGAGAUGAUUUCCUGUGAGAGACAAAAGAUUGCAGCAUUGUCUACUCCGUUCAAUACCAUGCUCAAUGGGUCCUUCACAGAGUCACAUCUUGAAAUCAUUGACUUGUCUGAGAAUGGCAUCUCACCAGCUGGCAUGAGAGCAGUCUCUAAGUUCAGUAGCUCAGGGCAUUUAGAAGAUUUAUCAGUUGAAGUUUCGUUGGAGAUCUUGGUUUUUGCAAAUACAUUCUGCUGUGAGAAGCUUAAAGAUGCUUGUGAUAGGAAAUUGGCAUCAGUAGUUUCUUCACGCCAAGAUGCUGUAGAACUUAUGGAGUGUGCCAUGGAAGAAAAUACCCCUGUACUUGCUGCUUCAUGCUUGCAAGUUCUCUUACAUGAACUUCCCGAGUGUUUGAACGAUGAACAAGUUAUUAAGAUCUUCUUGAAUGCCAACAGGCAACAGAGGGCAACCAUGGUUGGACAUGCUUCAUUUUCAUUGUACUGUUUGCUAAGUGAAGUCGCGAUGAACAUUGAUCCAAGGUCGGAUGUCACAGCAGGUUUUCUAGAGAAGCUGGUGGAGUCGGCCUUCAGUACUAGGCAGAAGCAAGUCGCCUUUCACCAGCUUGGAUGUGUCAGGCUGCUGAGAAAGGAGUACAGUGAAGCAGAACAGCAUUUUAAUGCUGCUUUUGCUGCUGGACACGUCUAUUCCGCAGCUGGAUUGGCUAGAUUGGCUUGCAUCAAGGGGGACAAGCUUUCUUCCUAUGAGAAGCUUAGCUCCGUGAUAUCGUCCUAUCAGCCACUCGGGUGGAUGUAUCAGGAGAGAUCUUUGUAUUCUGAAGGUGAUAGGAAGUGGGAAGACCUUGAUAAGGCAACAGAGUUUGACCCUACUCUUACUUACCCCUACAUGUAUCGAGCAGCAUCUUUGAUGAGAAAACAAGAUGCCAAGCUUGCAUUGGCAGAAAUUAACCGAGUUCUGGGUUUCAAGCUGUCUUUAGAAUGUCUAGAACUGCGAUUUAUUUUCUAUCUGGCGCUGGAGGAUUAUAAAGCUGCACUUUGUGAUGUCCAAGCAAUUCUUACACUGUCCCCUGAGUACCGAAUGUUUGAAGGACGUGUAUUUGCUUCCCAAUUGCGGACACUAGUUAGAGAACAUGUGGACCAAUGGACGACUGCUGAUUGUUGGCUUCAACUGUAUGAUCGGUGGUCAUCAGUUGAUGAUAUAGGCUCCCUUUCAGUUAUUUAUCAGAUGCUCGAGUCUGAUGCUGCAAAAGGGGUGUUGUACUUUAGGCAGUCUUUGCUUCUCCUAAGGUUGAACUGCCCUGAGGCUGCAAUGCGUAGCCUACAGCUAGCACGCCAAUAUACUGCAACUGAGCAUGAACGUUUGGUUUACGAGGGUUGGAUAUUAUAUGAUACUGGUCAUUGUGAAGAAGGACUUCGUAAAGCUGAGGAGUCUAUCUCUAUUCAGAGGUCAUUUGAGGCUUUCUUUUUGAAAGCGUAUGCUUUGGCAGAUUCAAGUCUCGAUCCUUCAUGUUCUGCCACUGUUGUUUCACUUCUUGAAGAUGCACUAAAGUGCCCAUCAGAUAGGCUCCGAAAGGGGCAGGCACUGAACAACCUUGGAAGUGUAUACGUUGACUGUGGGAAGUUAGAUCUGGCAGCUGAUUGUUACAUCAGUGCCCUAAAAAUCCAACACACCCGGGCCCAUCAGGGCCUUGCUCGAGUCCAUUUUCUUAAGAAUGACAGAAAGGCUGCAUAUGAGGAAAUGACUAAGUUAAUAGAGAAGGCUAGGAACAAUGCAUCAGCAUAUGAAAAGAGGUCCGAGUACUGCGAGCGGGAACAUACCAAGGAAGAUUUGCAGAUGGUGACAAAGUUGGACCCCUUGCGGGUUUAUCCAUAUAGAUAUCGUGCAGCAGUGUUGAUGGAUAACCACAAAGAAAAAGAAGCAAUAGCAGAGUUGACAAGGGCUAUUGCUUUCAAGGCUGACCUUCACCUCCUACACCUCCGUGCGGCAUUUCACGAACAUAUCGGGGACAUAUCCAGUGCACUUCGAGACUGCCGUGCUGCCCUCUCUUUAGACCCCAACCACCAGGAGAUGCUCGAGCUCCACAAGCGCGUCAACAGCCAAGAACCAUGACCCGACGCCGCAACAUACUUACUGUAUACUACACCAGAUCCAUGCUGCUGCACCUGAUUCCAGCCAGGGUUGAUCUGUAAUCUUCCCUCAUUUAUUUUCCCUUCUAGUUCUGUAUAAUCCGUGUUGUUUAGAUUAAGUUAUUGUGUGUUGCUUGUCUACAAAUUUUGGUGUGUCCAACGAGAUGGUGAAAGCUGAGAGGCAAACUUUAGUAGAUGGGUCUACUUGAUUAUCAAAUCAAUUGUACUUUGAUGGUGUAAAUCGUAUCUAUUCAGUUCAGGCAGACUGAACAUGAUUUUACCAACACAGAAUUCUCA